GUAGUGUGAGGGUAUAGAGAUCCCGAUGGUGAUCGGUGCUCGGGCCAUUGUCUCUUCGGAAAAAAAAGUCAGGACUGUCACUGUUCUGACACCGGAAAACCGGCGCUUAACGUCCAAAAAAAGUAGCGCAGACAGACAUUCACCGGGGCCUGGCUCUGACCGCGGAGGGCAGGCCCCGCGGAGGGAGGGCCGGGCUCGGCCAAGCCGGGCCCUUGGCUCUCAUUUCCGGCUCCACGCGCUGCCUCCUCCGGGUAAAGUUCCGGCGAGAGAAGCGGCGGAAAUCUGCUGGAGAAAUGUCCCGGCAAUUAACAGCUCCCAAAUGGGUUGCUGGUUGGCUGUGUUCAAGGCUAAACAUCAGCUUCAUAUUCCAAGAAUACCUGACAAGACAGAAGAAAACGUGCACCUCCAACAAAAGAAAACAUCCUAAUUGUAUUCAUGCUCAGAGAACAUUAUGGACAGACCACACCUGUCUCAAGAGACAAAUUCUUAGGAAAGGAAUUGCAUGGAAGAAUGUACUUUGCUUACCUCUCUGUUUAACAUACAGCAGUUUUAUAAGAACUUACCUUACAAAAUCAUAUCCUGUUUUAAAUGGAAGUAUUCAGCCAAUUCACCGGCAUGUUUUUGAAUUUAACUUGCGCAACAGUAUGGCCUGUAGUGAAAGGUAUUUGGAACUGAUGGAGCAGGUAACCAAGGGUGGAGGUGAUAAAGCAAUUUUGAGGCACACCCAGAGGAAUAAAAAACUCCUGGUCCGAGACCGUUUACAAUUACUUCUGGACAAAGGGGAGAUCCUGGAGCUGUCUCCUUUUGCUGGCCUGGGAAUGCCAUAUGGAGAUAUUCCUGCUGCAGGCUGCAUAACUGGAGUAGGAAAAGUCAGGGACGUUUGGUGUGUAUUCAUUGCUAAUGAUGCAACAAUCAAAGGAGGGACAGCCUACCCAAUCACAGUGAAGAAGCAGCUGAGAGCCCAGGACAUUGCAAUUCAAAAUGGACUGCCUUGUAUUUACUUGGUGGAUAGUGGGGGAGCAUUUUUACCACUUCAGGCAGACAUAUUUCCUGACAAGAACCAUGGAGGUCGAAUGUUCUACAAUGAAGCAGUAAUGUCAGCGCUGGGCAUUCCUCAGGUAGCAGUUGUGUGUGGCUCUUGCACUGCUGGUGGUGCAUAUAUCCCAACAAUGGCAGAAGAAACGGUGAUGGUGGACAGGAUUGGGACAAUAUUCCUUGCUGGACCCCCACUUGUUAAGGCAGCAACAGGAGAAGAUGUUAGUCCUGAAGAACUGGGGGGUGCAAGUCUGCAUGCAAAGAUUAGCGGAUGCAUUGAUCAUUUUGCAGCUACAGAGGAAGAAGCAUAUGAAUGUGUCAGAAAUAUUAUCGCCACUUUAAAUCUUGAUAUUCCAUCAAACAAGAUAUCUGACUUUGAAGAGCCUCUUUACGCAGCUGAAGAACUGAAUGGUCUUGCUCCAAGGGAUUAUGCACAUACAUUAAAUGUUAAACUGGUUCUGAGUCGUUUGACGGAUGGAAGUAAGUUCCUGGAGUUCAAAGCAUUAUAUGGAACCACGCUAGUAACUGGUUUCGCUCAGAUUAAAGGUCAUCUUGUUGGAAUUGUGGCCAACAAUGGAGAACUCACUCAUAAUGCUUCACUAAAAGGCAGUCAUUUUGUGCAACUUUGUGACCAGAGAGACAUUCCUAUCAUAUUUCUUCAAAACACACGAUCAAAUGUUACCAUGGCUGGAACAUUAUCCAAGGCUGAAGAUGUUACCAACCAACUUAAGGCCCAGGGCACGAUGAUAUCAGCUGUGGCGUGUUCCACCGUUCCCAAGAUAACCAUUAUAAUUGGAGGCUGCUAUGGUGGUGAAAGUUUUCCUAUGUGCGGUAGAUCAUUUGAUCCGAACUUCCUUUUUCUAUGGCCCAAUGCCAGGAUUGGACUAGUUGGCCCAAGUUACUUCCGAGAGAUCCAGAAAUCCGAUGGUGAAAUCCAAGAUGAGACACAACUGAAGAUCAUGAAAGAAAUGCUGGAGAACGAGAGUUCUGCUUUUCACUCCUCUUCCAGAGUUUGGGAUGAUGGUAUAAUACUGCCUAAAGACACUCGGAUGGUAAUAGGUCAAUGUCUAAAUAUCAUCAAACAGAAACCUCGAUUGCAUUCACAACCAGAAAAACAUGCUGUCCUGAGAAUGUAAACUUGGAGAAUGGCACAUUUCACCAACUCAAUGAUUAAAGAUGAGCAGCUGCUGUAACAAAAAGCAGCACUGACUCAAAUAUUAUUUAUAGUGAUUAAGUAUUGCAGAGCAUGCUCAAAGAACCAAUCUAGCUAAUAUGGUCUUAAAGAGGCUAAUUAAAAAUAAA